CCACUGAAAAGCCCAAUUGUUAUGAAAGCUUUCAGGAAACCUGGACCAAGCCAACCAUCUGUAUAAAGUCAGGCACUUCAGCGCAAAACCCUCAGAAUCAUUUGAUAUCUAUCUACACUGAAGUCAAAGGCUAAAGAAUCACUUAAAAUGAAAUUGUGCUAUGGAUUAUUUCAGACCCGUGCCGCAUGGAUCCAGUUUGCCUUUAUCUGCUCAAUGCUGUGCAUGUGGACUAGUGUUGAGUCCUGGUCUUACGUCUACUCAAACGAAUCAAUGAAAUGGGAUGAUGCACGUAAAUGGUGCAAGGAGAACUACACAGACAUGGUGGCCAUCCAGAACCGGGAGGAGAUCGAGCAUCUUAACAACUGGCUGCCCAAAAAAAAAGGCUACUACUGGAUUGGGAUCCGUAAGAUCAAUGAUGUCUGGACCUGGGUAGGAACCAACAAAACUCUGACAGAAGAAGCGACGAACUGGGCAGAAGGAGAACCAAAUAAUGGCAAAGCUGGACAAAGUGUAGGAGUCACUGAGGACUGUGUGGAGAUGUACAUUAAACGAGACCAAAAUCCAGGCACGUGGAAUGACGAGAGGUGUAUGAAAAAAAAGACUGCUCUGUGCUACACAGCGGCUUGUAAGAAUGACUCCUGUUUGCAUGGAGAGUGUGUUGAAACCAUCAACAGCCACAAAUGUGAAUGCUUUGAAGGGUUUUUUGGAGACAAGUGUGGCCAAGUUGUGCAGUGUAACAAAAGUGAGGUGAUUGUCCCAGAUAAAGGACAUGUAAAUUGCUCUCACAAGCAUGGCAAUUUCUCCUAUGACUCGUUGUGUCAGUACUCCUGUGAGGAAGGAUACAAGCUGAGUGUGCAGACUCCUCUGAGGUGCACAGCCUCAGGAAAAUGGUCAGAUAAGCACCCUUCAUGUGAAUUGAUUCAGUGUGAGAAGAUGUCAGAGCCUACACAUGGAUCCAUGAAAUGCUCCAAUCCUCUGGGCUCAUUCAGCUAUCAGUCCACCUGUACUUUUACCUGUGAUGAAGGUUAUGUACUGUCUGCAUCUCCAUCUCUGCAAUGUGAAUCAUCAGGAAACUGGAAUGCAUCCCAGCCAUUCUGUGUUGCUGUCCAGUGCCCUGCUCUGCAAAAUUUGAAAAAUGGCUUUGUCAGCUGUGGAGAAGAUGCUGAUAUGAGGUUCAGCUACAAAAACACCUGCAGCUUCAGUUGUGACCAAGGUUACCAUUUAGUGGGAGCCAGUAGCGUGACCUGCACGUCAGGAGGUACAUGGAAUCAGCAGAUUCCUCACUGUGAAGCCAUCCUUUGCCAGAAUCCAGAGAGAGAAGCUCCCCUCAUCAUGCAGUGCAGUGACUCUGUGACUGAACUGCGACCAAACUCCACCUGCAGCUUCAGCUGUGAAGAAGGUUUUGAACUGCAGGGAGCAAACACCAUCAAGUGUUCUGAGGACGGACAGUGGAAUAAAAACAUACCUACAUGCAAAGUUGUUCGAUGCCCGUUGCUUGAGGCUCCUGAAAACGGUCACAUCAAUUGCUCCAGCACUGAGUCAGUUUACAACUCUCAGUGCUCCUUCACCUGUGACCAAGGCUACUUAUUAGAAGGACCUGAGCUGCUGACCUGUGAUAAUCAUGGCAACUGGACUGGAGAGAAACCCACCUGUCAAGCCAUCCUUUGCCAGAAUCCAGAGAGAGAAGCUCCCCUCAUCAUGCAGUGCAGUGACUCUGUGACUGAACUGCGACCAAACUCCACCUGCAGCUUCAGCUGUGAAGAAGGUUUUGAACUGCAGGGAGCAAACACCAUCAAGUGUUCUGAGGACGGACAGUGGAAUAAAAACAUACCUACAUGCAAAGAAAAACAAUGUCCUGCUCCAGAGGUCCCAAUACAUGGUCAGAUAAGCUGCAGCCCUUCUCUGUCUUCAUUUGUUAGUCAUGAGGCAACACAUCCAGUUGGCAUGGUUUGCAUUUUUACCUGUGAUGAAGGUUAUGUACUGUCUGGAUCUCCAUCUCUGCAAUGUGAAUCAUCAGGAAACUGGAAUGCAUCCCAGCCAUUCUGUGUUGCUGUCCAGUGCCCUGCUCUGCAAAAUUUGAAAAAUGGCUUUGUCAGCUGUGGAGAAGAUGCUGAUAUGAGGUUCAGCUACAAAAACACCUGCAGCUUCAGUUGUGACCAAGGUUACCAUUUAGUGGGAGCCAGUAGCGUGACCUGCACAUCAGGAGGUACAUGGAAUCAGCAGAUUCCUCACUGUGAAGCCAUCCUUUGCCAGAAUCCAGAGAGAGAAGCUCCCCUCAUCAUGCAGUGCAGUGACUCUGUGACUGAACUGCGACCAAACUCCACCUGCAGCUUCAACUGUGAAGAAGGUUUUGAACUGCAGGGAGCAAACACCAUCAAGUGUUCUGAGGACGGACAGUGGAAUAAAAACAUACCUACAUGCAAAGCAAAAGGAUGUCCUGCUCCAGAGGUCCCAACAAAUGGUCAGAUAAGCUGCAGCCCUUCUCUGUCUUCAUUUGUUAGUCAUGAGACACCCCAUCCACUUGGCAUGCUUUGUAAUUUUACAUGUGAUGAAGGACAUGAGCUGCAAGGUGCACACAGCAUGGAGUGUACACAUCCAGGCCAAUGGACCUCCAGAUCACCAAUCUGCACAGCUGUUACAUGUUUGUUGCUUGAGGCUCCUGAAAACGGCCACAUCAAUUGCUCCAGCACUGAGUCAGUUUACAACUCUCAGUGCUCCUUCACCUGUGACCAAGGCUACUCAUUAGAAGGACAUGAGCUGCUGACUUGUGAUCACCAUGGCAACUGGACUAGAGAGAAACCCACCUGUCAAGCCAUCCUUUGCCAGAAUCCAGAGAGAGAAGCUCCCCUCAUCAUGCAGUGCAGUGACUCUGUGACUGAACUGCGACCAAACUCCACCUGCAGCUUCAGCUGUGAAGAAGGUUUUGAACUGCAGGGAGCAAACACCAUCAAGUGUUCUGAGGACGGACAGUGGAAUAAAAACAUACCUACAUGCAAAGCAAAAGGAUGUCCUGCUCCAGAGGUCCCAACAAAUGGUCAGAUAAGCUGCAGCCCUUCUCUGUCUUCAUUUGUUAGUCAUGAGACACCCCAUCCACUUGGCAUGCUUUGUAAUUUUACAUGUGAUGAAGGACAUGAGCUGCAAGGUGCACACAGCAUGGAGUGUACACAUCCAGGCCAAUGGACCUCCAGAUCACCAACCUGCACAGUUGUUCGAUGCCCGUUGCUUGAGGCUCCUGAAAACGGUCACAUCAAUUGUUCCAGCACUGAGUCAGUUUACAACUCUCAGUGCUCUUUCACCUGUGACCAAGGCUACUCAUUAGAAGGACCUGAGCUGCUGACCUGUGAUCAUCAUGGCAACUGGACUGGAGAGAAACCCACCUGUCAAGCCAUCCUUUGCCAGAAUCCAGAGAGAGAAGCUCCCCUCAUCAUGCAGUGCAGUGACUCUGUGACUGAACUGCGACCAAACUCCACCUGCAGCUUCAGCUGUGAAGAAGGUUUUGAACUGCAGGGAGCAAACACCAUCAAGUGUUCUGAGGACGGACAGUGGAAUAAAAACAUACCUACAUGCAAAGAAAAACAAUGUCCUGCUCCAGAGGUCCCAAUGCAUGGUCAGAUAAGCUGCAGCCCUUCUCUGUCUUCUUUUGUUAGUCAUGAGGCAACACAUCCAGUUGGCAUGGUUUGCAUUUUUACCUGUGAUGAAGGUUAUGUACUGUCUGGAUCUCCAUCUCUGCAAUGUGAAUCAUCAGGAAACUGGAAUGCAUUCCAGCCAUUCUGUGUUGCAAAAGGAUGUCCUGCUCCAGAGGUCCCAACAAAUGGUCAGAUAAGCUGCAGCCCUUCUCUGUCUUCAUUUGUUAGUCAUGAGACACCCCAUCCACUUGGCAUGCUUUGUAAUUUUACAUGUGAUGAAGGACAUGAGCUGCAAGGUGCACACAGCAUGGAGUGUACACAUCCAGGCCAGUGGACCUCCAGAUCACCAACCUGUACAGCUGUUACAUGUUUGUUCCUUGAGGCUCCUGAAAACGGUCACAUCAAUUGUUCCAGCACUGAGUCAGUUUACAACUCUCAGUGCUUCUUCACCUGUGACCAAGGCUACUCAUUAGAAGGACAUGAACUGCUAACCUGUGAUCACCAUGGCAACUGGACUGGAGAGAAACCCACCUGUCAAGCCAUCCUUUGCCAGAAUCCAGAGAGAGAAGCUCCCCUCAUCAUGCAGUGCAGUGACUCUGUGACUGAACUGCGACCAAACUCCACCUGCAGCUUCAGCUGUGAAGAAGGUUUUGAACUGCAGGGAGCAAACACCAUCAAGUGUUCUGAGGACGGACAGUGGAAUAAAAACAUACCUACAUGCAAAGCAAAAGGAUGUCCUGCUCCAGAGGUCCCAACAAAUGGUCAGAUAAGCUGCAGCCCUUCUCUGUCUUCAUUUGUUAGUCAUGAGACACCCCAUCCACUUGGCAUGCUUUGUAAUUUUACAUGUGAUGAAGGACAUGAGCUGCAAGGUGCACACAGCAUGGAGUGUACACAUCCAGGCCAAUGGACCUCCAGAUCACCAACCUGCACAGUUGUUCGAUGCCCGUUGCUUGAGGCUCCUGAAAACGGUCACAUCAAUUGUUCCAGCACUGAGUCAGUUUACAACUCUCAGUGCUCUUUCACCUGUGACCAAGGCUACUCAUUAGAAGGACCUGAGCUGCUGACCUGUGAUCAUCAUGGCAACUGGACUGGAGAGAAACCCACCUGUCAAGCCAUCCUUUGCCAGAAUCCAGAGAGAGAAGCUCCCCUCUUCAUGCAGUGCAGUGACUCUGUGACUGAACUGCGACCAAACUCCACCUGCAGCUUCAGCUGUGAAGAAGGUUUUGAACUGCAGGGAGCAAACACCAUCAAGUGUUCUGAGGACGGACAGUGGAAUAAAAACAUACCUACAUGCAAAGCAAAAGGAUGUCCUGCUCCAGAGGUCCCAACAAAUGGUCAGAUAAGCUGCAGCCCUUCUCUGUCUUCAUUUGUUAGUCAUGAGACACCCCAUCCACUUGGCAUGCUUUGUAAUUUUACAUGUGAUGAAGGACAUGAGCUGCAAGGUGCACACAGCAUGGAGUGUACACAUCCAGGCCAAUGGGCCUCCAGAUCACCAACCUGUACAGUUGUUCGAUGCCUGUUGCUUGAGGCUCCUGAAAACGGUCACAUCAAUUGCUCCAGCACGGAGUCAGUUUACAACUCUCAGUGCUCCUUCACCUGUGACCAAGGCUACUCAUUAGAAGGACCUGAGCUGCUAACAUGUGAUCAUCAUGGCAACUGGACUGGAGAGAAACCCACCUGUCAAGCUCCUGCUCCAGUUACUGCAGUUACUGCUGGUGUUGCCACAGGAGGGAUUGCCUUGUUAUCUGGUGUGUCUAUGGCUAUGUGGGUCUUUAAAAAAUUGAAGAAAUCAAAAAACCUUGAACAGCAACUCUGACAUAGAGGCUCCUCCACAGACUUUCCAAGAACAGUUUUGACAGCCUAAUAUAGCAAAAACUUGCCAUAUUAGAAAACUACAAAUAGUUUUACACAUUAUGUGUAAAUUAUCAUUUUAGUGCAUAACAGCAAAUAAUUUGAUAUAGAAUUCAUGUAAUA